GACUCGUGCGAUUCAAGCUUGCGUCGGAGUUCGGAGUAUAAGUAGCGCGUCGAUUCGACGUGACAUUUAACUUUUGUACGGCGGUGUCCGAAAGGACUUGAAAGGAUUUUCUUUUAGGGUACAGUCGCCAAGCGUGGCAACAAACAGCGCAAAAUGUCGUCGGGCGUGAUAGACAUCCUCGUGGACAUGGGUUUCAGUAUGUCCAAAGCUGAAAAGGCUCUGGAGAUCACCGGUAACAAAGGUGUGGAGCCGGCGAUGGAAUGGCUGCUGGCCCAUUCCGACGAGGCGGAACCCGCGCCAGAACCCUCCGUAGGCGAGAGUGCUCCGGCGCUAGCUACCGACACGCAGGACAGCGUCGCCGGAGCUAGCAGUCAACCGGUAUCCACUACUGAAACGGCCAAAUCUAUGAAGUGCGACGUAUGUGGAAAACUCUUUAAAUCUAACUUAGAAGUUGAGUUCCAUGCUACAAAGUCUGGGCAUGAUAGAUUUUCUGAAAGCACAGAGGAGAAAAAGCCACUUACUGAAGAGGAGAAGCGGGAGCAAUUAAAGAUGCUAGAAGAAAAGUUGAAGCAGAAAAGGAAGGAGAGAGAAGAACAGGAAAAGAAAGAUGCAUUUGAAAGAGAAAAGAAUAGGAUACGAUCAGGAAAGGAAAUGUCUGAAGCCAGAAAAAAAUUAGAAGAGUUGGAGAUGCAGAAGCUUCUGGAGCAAAGAAAACGAGAGAAAGCAGAGGAAAAGGAAGCAAAACAGAGAGUUCGAGCGCAAAUUGAAGCCGAUAAAGCAGCGCGACGAGCUAAAGCGGCUGCUGAAAGCAGUCAACCAGUUAAUACCACUUUGGCCCCAUUAUCCGUAACAUCUUCGUCCACGUCUACGCAUCAUAGGAAGGAUUACACCGAGACUAGGCUUCAACUUAGGCUUACCAAUGGCCAAACCUUGACACAAAGCUUCGGAAGCAAGGAACAAUUAUCCGCGGUGAGACUGUUUAUUGAAAUGAACAGGACAGACGGUAACGAUCCCUUCCAGCUAAUGACAACAUUUCCCAAGAAGGUAUUUACAGAUGAGGAUUACGAUACGCCAUUGGAUGUAUUAGGCCUAGUACCCUCAGCAGUCGUGAUCGUUCAAAAGAAGAUGGAAUGAUGUAGCCAGUAAUGCCCUAAUUUGUAAGCAAAAAUAUUAAUGUAUAUUAUACAGAUUAAUUAUAAGACAUUCACUCUAA